UUCCAUGAGCUUCGAGAGUGUCAAGUGGAACUGGAACACAUUUCAUGGCGGAUUCCUUCAUUUUGAUUGAUUUUGAUUUUCCAGAUUUCCACGUGUAUAUCUAGUCUUGUAAAUUGUUGCAAAGUACGUUUCAUUGUGAUCUGUGCUCCGAUCUGAUCGUCUGUCUACUGCCAGCUGUCGAAUUUCUACGAAAUGCCAGUUGCACAAAAUGAAGUCAAGUCUAGCUGGGCUGAUGAAGUUGAAGAAGAGGGAGGAGCAUUACCUCCGCCUUCAGAAGUCUAUGAGAAUGGUUUCAAAAUUUUCACCGAGUACAAGUACAAUCAAGAUAAUAAAAAAGUCAAGGUUGUCCGUUCUUAUAAGAUAGAACGACGUAUAGUGUCGAAAACAAUUGCGGCACGUAAAAAUUGGACAAAGUUCGGCGAUUCUGCUGACGACAGGCCGGGACCUGAUCCAGCUACCACGGUCGGUGGUGAGGAUGUCUUUAUGCAAUUUAUAUCCAGCAAAGAGGAAGAGAACAAAGUGGAGGAAGAUUCGCUGGACAAAUUGAAAAGCAUGGGUGACAAGGGAGUCGUCAAGUGCCGUAACUGUAAUGGCGAUCACUGGACGUCCAAGUGUCCAUACAAAGACACUGUUCUUGCUGGUGGAAAAGUACCAGACGACAAGAAACCUCUCGUUAAUACUGGAGUACCUGGUGCAAUGGCUGAACUUAAGCCACAGGGUGGCAAGUACGUACCACCUGGUAUGCGCGACGGCGGCAACAAACGCGGCGACUCGAUGCAGAUGCAGAGACGCGACGAUACGACCGCCAUACGUAUUUCCAAUCUUUCACAAAGCACCACUGAUGCAGAUCUGGAUGAGCUUGUGAAACCAUUCGGUUCCGUAGUAAAGCAGUUUCUCGCCAAAGAGAAACUUUCCAAUCUCUGUAAGGGUUUUGCGUAUGUACAUUUCAAGCACAGAACCGAUGCAGCGAGAGCAAUCGCCACUCUGGAUGGUUACGGUUACGAUCAUCUAAUCCUGAGCGUGGAAUGGUCAAAGCCACAGGCUCAGAAUAAUUAAAGUGAUGCAAAGCGCCCAGAUAACCAAUCAAGCGUGAUUAAUCAUAUCGAGCAAACUAAUGCACUGCAUGAAUGUUGAAUAGUUGUUUGUUUACCGUCAUCGUAUUAAGUAUCUAUCGUACUGAGCAACAUGAAUGAUUAUACAAGUAUUUAGUUGAUGGAAUUUUGAAAGCAAGUAGUCAGAAAUAUUAGUAUGGAAUGUUACUAGCAAUGUGAUGGCAACAUGACAACGACUGAUGAUGAGGAAAUAUACCAAUGUCAACAAGUUGCCGUCAGUUUGCUGUAAUCUGAUGUCGAUUUCAUAGGCAAUCUCAGAGGCAUUUGGCUAUCUAGAUGUACGACAGUUACGGAUAGAAAAGUGAAAUUAAUUGAACUAAUUCACUGGAAGAGAUCUUUAUAACAAACGAACUGUAUUUGUGCAAAUAUCUAUGUAUGUUCCUAUGAUAUGAGAAAUUGAAAGACAAUAGCGACCUGUAUUCAUCUCAUUUAACUCUAAUGCCCAU